AUGUUUAGCACAGGCUGCAACCUGACAACCGACAAUUGGUAUACUAGUGUACCACUGGCUGAAGUUCUCUUGAAAAACAAAGCAACUCUCGUUGGAACAAUGAAGAACAAACGGGAAAUGCCACCAGAUAUGAUGUCGAAGAAAGAUCGAGAGGUUUACAGUUUCAAGUUCGCAUUCCGAAAAGAUAGGUGGAUGAUUGCAUAUGUGCCUACACCAAAAAGGACAGUUAUUUUGCUAUUUACGAUGCAUUGUGAUGCAAACAUUGACGAAUCGACCGAGCACAAGCAGAGAUCUUCAGUAGUGACGUUCUACAAUGGCACUGAAGGUGGUGUGAACACCGCUGGCAAAAAAUGUGCUGCUACAUCUUGCUCCAGACGCACGAAUCGAUGA